CCCUGCAUACAUACAACACGCCUAAUCACACCUGAGAUAAAGAGAAAACUGCUUCUUUCCUCCUUUACUUGCCUAACAGCUAUAGGUGCCGCUACUCAGAACUCCUUCAUUUACCCUGGAGAGAAAAAAAAACAAGCAAGAGGGAGUUCUUUAAAAAAACAUAAAAAACCAGCAACAACAGCAACAAAAAGGUGCAGAGAGUGAAAAGGAGUGAGACAACCCUGGAUCAGAAGCAACCAGGAGACCUGAAGAGAUUACAGAAGACUGUGUUAAAGGAGUUCAAGAAUUAUCAAAUGCGUCUGAGCUGAACCAUUGCUGACUCCACAGUCUACUGUAUUUCAGAAAGGAUGGACAAGCUCUUGGGAAGGAUGUGGUUCCAGCUGCUUCUGUUCUCCCUGCUUUUUAUCUUAGGCCAAGGGAAAAAAAUUAACCACUGUGUGGCUUCUAGGGCAAAAAGCUGCAUGGAAUGCAUCCGAGUGAGCAGCAACUGUACUUUUUGCACAGAUGAGAACUUCAAAGGCACCCGUUGUGAUUUGGAAAGAAAUCUAAGGAGCUAUGGCUGCCAAAACAACAUAAAACUGAAGUCUGGAGAGUUAUUAAUAACAAAGGAUUUCAAAAUUGAUACCUCUCUGAGAAAAAAACAAGUAUCUCCUCAGCACAUAUCACUCAAACUGAGACCGGACGAGGAAGUAAACUUUGACAUGCAUGUGUUUGAGCCCAAUAAACCUCCUGUGGACCUCUACAUCCUUAUGGAUUUUUCAUAUUCCAUGUCUGAUGACUUGGACAACCUGAAACAAAUGGGCCAGAACCUUGCAAAUUUCUUGAGGAAUCUGACGGAUGAUUAUACCAUUGGUUUUGGUAAAUUUGUGGACAAAGUUACAGCACCACAGACAGACAUGAGGCCCAUGAGAUUGCGGGAACCUUGGUUUAACGCUGAUCCACCUUUCUCUUUUAAGAAUGUCAUCCGUCUAACCAAUGAUAUUAAUAAAUUCAGCCAGGAAUUGAUGAAGGAACGUAUAUCAGGGAACUUGGAUGCUCCUGAAGGUGGCUUUGAUGCUAUAUUGCAAACAGCUGUUUGCAAGGUAAACAGGGAGGAGUAUACUGAAGAUGGCAUAGAUAUAGUGGUUCUCUAUAAAGGACGAAAAAGGGACGUGUAUUAGAAACUGCACAAAUAUUUCCCAAUUUCUGAAAUUGGGAGGCUUCAAGAAGAUUCUUCUAACAUUGUGGAAUUGAUCGGUAUGGCUUUUGAGCGCAUUCGUUCCAAGAUGAACAUUCAAGAUUAUGAUACCCCAAAAGCCAUGAAAGUUCACAUAUCACCAAAAAGUGAACAAAUAGAGUCUAGUUCAUUCCGUAUUGUUCGAGGUGAAGUGACAACUUUCAAUGUGAAUUUGAAAGCUAAGGAUUUUGCUGACAAGCAUGUUUGUGAUCUCCCAGAGAAGGAACGGAAAGGUAUUAUCCACAUUAAGCCCUCCUCUUUCAGUGACAAAGUAGAGAUUGAUGCCUCAAUUCUCUGCGACACCUGCUCCUGUGAAAAGACUCAGGAGGUUAGAUCAUCAAAGUGCAAUUCCCAGGGAAAUUUUGUUUGCGGACAAUGUGUGUGCAAUCAAGGCUGGCGGGGGGACCAUUGUAGUUGCUCAACAGCCUCCUCUACUGAUACUGAGGCCUGCACAUAUCCUGGACAUAAAGAACCCUGUUCUGGCAAAGGUGAAUGCCUUUGUGGGGUCUGUCAAUGCUAUUCUGAAGAAGAUCUCACCCAGCGUUAUGAAGGACAGUAUUGUGAAUUCGACAACUUGCAGUGUUCCCGCACUUCCGGAUUCCUCUGCAAUGACCGGGGACGUUGCUACAUGGGCCAGUGUGUAUGUGCACCUGGUUGGGAAGGCUCCGGCUGUGAGUGUCCCACAAGCAACGAAACCUGUGUCAGCAGCAAUGGGCUGAUUUGUAACGGACAGGGGAGGUGUGAAUGUGGUAGAUGCCUCUGUAAUUACCCUACUGCCCAUGCUGAUCCCACCUGUGAAUUUGGAUCCUUGGCUUUCCAGCAAGCAUGUGAGGAAGAAUUCCGAAGUUGUGUCCAGUGUCAGGUUUGGGGCACUGGAGAGAAGAAGGCACAGAAAUGUUCAAACUGCAAUUUCAAGAUUGAGCUGGUCGAUGAAUUAAAUCAAGGUAAAAAGUGUACCUUCCAAGAUGAGGAGGAUGAUUGCGUUUACCACUACGCUAGGAAAGAAGACACCAAUCUAUCACAGAACAACACUGUUCUUGUGCAAAAGAAGAAAGAGUGUCCACCAGGAAGUUUUCUUUGGCUUAUCCCCCUCCUCAUUUUUCUGAUACUACUCCUGGGGUUGCUGCUGCUUCUAUGCUGGAAAUACUGUGCUUGUUGCAAGCAUUGUUUGGCGUUGCUACCCUGUUGUGCACGAGGUCGCAUGGUUGGUUUCAAGGAGGACCACUACCUGCUCAGGCAGAGUCUCAUGACAUCAGACCACCUGGACACUCCAAUGGUGCGCAGUGGUAAUUUGAAAGGGAGAGACACAAUCCACUGGAAGAUCAAAAACAAUGUGCAUAAGCAAGACUACUCAUCCUUCGCCCUCAAUCCCAAGGAUAUCAUUCCAUAUGGGCUCUCUCUCAGAUUGGCACGGCUCUACACCCAAAACCUUGGAAAACUGGAUAGCCGUGAACAUGAGCAACUGCAGAAAGACGUGGAGGAAAAUCUGAAUGAAGUGUACAGAGUAAUCCCAGGUUUCCAAAAGUUCCAGCAGACAAAAUUCAGGAUUCAGCCAAAUGCUGGAAAAAGGCAAGACCACACAAUUGUGGACACGGUGCUCCCAGCUCCCCGCUCGGCCAGGAACGAAAUUAUCAAAGUAACAGAGAAGCACGUCUCGCAAGGAGCUUUCCAUGAAUUAAAAGUGUCACCUGGUUACUACACUGUAAUUGCAGACCAAGAUGCCCAUGGCAUGAUUGAGUUUCAGGAAGGGGUAGAGAUGGUGGAUGUUCGGGUUCCCCUCUUCAUCAGGGAAGAGGAUGAUGAUGAAAAACAGCUGCAAGUAGAGGCUGUUGAUGUUCCUGUGGGCACUGCGGAAAUUCGUCGUCACCAGGUCAACAUCACCAUAAUAAAAGAGCAAGCAAAUAGCAUCAUUAGCUUCCUGGAGCCAGUUUAUUCAUACAACCGUUUUGACCAGCUGGCUAAGAUCCCUUUGGUUCGAGAAAUAUUGGAGAAGGGAAAAUCCCAGAUAUCAUACAGGACACGAGAUCUCACAGCUCAGCAAGGCAAAGAUUAUGUUUUUGCGGAGGGUGAUCUGAUCUUCCUGCCUGGAGAGAAGCAGAAGGAAGUGCAAAUCAAAUUGAUAGAGUUGACAGAGAUUGAUGCCCUCCUUCAGAACCAGCAGCUGAAACAAUUUGCAGUGGAUCUCAUCAAUCCCAGAUUUGGGGCAAAGGUUGGCAAAUACCCUCAAACCAUCGUGACAAUUGUUGAUCCAGAAGCUGUGGCAUCAGAGAUUCAGCUUCCAUAUUCCCCUAGAGGCAUUCUUGCAGCACCUCUUAAUCCAAAUUCACAGGCCUUAAGCUCUAGAAAGAUACGCUUCAAUUGGUUGCCCCCACCAGGCAAACCAGCAGGAUACAAGGUGAAAUAUUGGAUCCAAGGAGACCCUGAAUCAGAGGCUCAUCUGUUUGAUUCCAAAGUACCUUCGGCAGAGUUGACCAACCUGUACCCCUAUUGUGAUUAUGAAAUGCAAGCCUGUGCCUAUAAUGCUUUGGGGGAAGGGCUUUAUUCUAAGGUGAUCCACUGUCGAACACUUGAGGAAGUUCCUAGUGAGCCUGGACGCUUGGCCUUCAACGUCAUCUCAUCCACUGUGACGCAGCUGAGCUGGGCUGAGCCUGCAGAAACAAACGGCAUGAUCAGAGCUUAUGAGGUCAGCUAUGGACUCGUCAACGAGGAAAACAGACCCAUUGGCCCCAUGAAGAAAGUCAUGGUGGAGGACCCUAAGAAGCGGAUGGUUCUGAUUGAAAAUUUACGGGAAUCACAGCCUUACCGUUAUACAGUGAAGGCCAAGAAUGGAGCUGGAUGGGGGCCAGAAAGAGAAGCUACCAUUAACUUGGCUACACAGCCAAAACGUCCCAUGUCCAUUCCUAUCAUUCCUGAUGUACCAAUAAUUGAUGCACAAGAAAGAGAAGACUAUGACAGCUUUCUAAUGUACAGCACAGAUGUAUUGCGUUCACCAGCUGGUAGCAAGCAUCCCAGCGUCUCAGAUGACUCUGGCUCUCGCUGGAAAUAUGUGCAGCUGCUGGGGGACGAGCUGGACCUUCGUCACGUCACCUGGAGACUCCCAGUAGAACUGAUCCCUCGUUACUCGGACAGCAGUUGCUUUUCCUCGGACACAGAGUGUCUCCUCCAUGAGGGUAGUACCCCCUCUGAGCUAGUGGACAGUGAUGCAACCAGCGGCAGCCUACCAAGGAGUGGGACUUCCCAGCCCCAAGCAGGUGAAGGAUGGCCACCUUCUUCCCUCCCAGUAACCAUGAUGUCUCAUCCUACUCCAGGGCCCUGGAAUAUAAUUUAUUCACGCUACCCCUCUACAAGCUACAAGGACAUGUUAAUAGCAUGGGAACACUUGAUGAAUGGCCGACUGGAUUUUGCCUUCCCUGCUGGUAGUGGAAGUUUAACCCGAAAUCAUCUAAGUCCACGUGUAUAUCACGAGAGAAGAGUGAUCGGAAACUCAUCGCUAACAAGAGAAUAUACCUCAGUGUCGGGACAUGAUUCUAGAAUGCAGCUUCUGAAUGUUCCGGAUACUCCAACUCGCUUGGUGUUCUCUGCCCUGGGGCCAACCUCACUGAAAGUCAGCUGGCAGGAACCUCACUGUGAUAAAGAAGUACAAGGAUACAGUGUGCAAUACCAGCUUCUCAAUGGAGGUGAAAUAAAGAGACUUACAAUUCCCAAUCCAACGCAGAACUCGGUGGUGGUGGAUGAUCUAUUACCCAACCACUCCUAUGUCUUCAAAGUAAAGGCCCAAAGUGAUGAGGGAUGGGGUCCAGAAAGAGAAGGUGUGAUAACCAUUGAGUCACAGGUGGAUCCACGCAGCCCUCUCAGCCCCAUGCCAGGGUCACCCUUUACCCUGAGCACACCCAGUGCCCCAGGGCCUCUCAUAUUCACAGCCUUGAGUCCAGACUCGCUUCAACUAAGCUGGGAGAGACCCCGCCAACCCAAUGGUUUAAUACUGGGCUACAUGGUCACUUGUGAGACUCUGCAGGGAGAAGGGGAACCCAGGACAAUCUAUGUGGAGGGAGAUAACCCAGAGACCACCCUUACAGUGCCUUACCUGAGUGAAAAUGUUCCGUAUAAAUUCAAAGUGCAAGCCAAGACCACUGAAGGCUUUGGGCCUGAAAGAGAGGGCAUUAUCACCAUUGAAUCUCAAGACACAGGAGUAUUCUCUCAAUAUGGAACACAUCAAUUCACCAGGGAGGAAAUCUUCAAUCUCCCUACAGAAUACAACACCCAAACGAGCAUCACUCACUCCCUACUGGAUCCUUUAUAUGCAGAUGGGAUGCUGAUGACCACUCAGCGAGUGGAAAGUGGCGGCACCCUUACCAAACAGAUCACCAAAGAAUACAUCACCAGUACAAUGUCCAGCAACAGUGGAACAUUCUCCAGACAAACAGAGAGACAAUUCUAUGAAGCUUAAGCCACACAAGGAAACUGCCCAAAAGAAGCUCAAAUUUCAACAAGAUGUUCUGUGGCCAUCUUCCAGUGCUCCAUUAGCCCUAAAAGCCACUUAUUGGCCAUUGCUUUUGAAAUAUCACCAGGUGAUAUCUGCACACAGUCUAGCUCAGUGAUGGCUAACCUUUUCGGCACCCACCGAAUGCCAAAAAGGGAGCACUUCGUGCUGGAAAAUGUACUUC